GGCAAAGGUUUCCUUUCGGAAAGAUCAUCUCUAGGCACACGCCUUAUACUCACAGAACACAAAUACGAAACAUCCUCGAUCGGAUUCUCUCCGGUUGCUUGCGCCUUUGAUUUGGCCGGCCACAGGUUUUGAAGCUAUUGCCAGUCAAAUUCAGUUCUAGGGUUUCGCGCAGCAUAUAGACAGAGAUAUCAAUGGAUUGGGGAAAUGUAACGGCUGAGGAUCUGGUCGACGCGCUUCGCGAAGUUGAUUGGUCAUCGCCGCCGCGCCCUCUCUCCGAGUUCUUCUCUCGAUUCACCGUCCCCAGAUCCUACGCUAAAUGGAACAGCCGCCUCAAAUGCAAUCUAUACUAGUAACACUAUCAUAGCCCUUUGAACUUCUUUCUCUAACAUCUUGUUGUUUUCUCGCUUCUUCCUUUUCUUCUUGGUGGACUGACGGUUACGAUCAGUGCGUCUGAUCGUGCGAUUUCACUAUGAACUCGCUUUUAGCGAAGUGGAGUUUGCUUGUUUAGAUUAUGCCAUAUGUGCUUUCAAUUUACCAAAUUUCUCUUUUAAUGAAGUUUGUUGCGCAGCUGAGAAACUAACAUUCAAUCGAAGAUGCAUACAGAACUGCAUUUUUCUUUUCUGUGAAAUGAAUCAGCUAGUUUCUAAUCCUGGAAUAGCUUGCUAGCUUCCGAUUUGAUUGUAUAUGCUUUUAGUUUUCUUUUCUAUGUAAUGAAUCAUCAAGUUUUGCAAUCCUUUAUUAGCUUCUUAUUUGAAUUGUAUGUGUUUUCUCCAGCUACAGGACCAAUUACUUCAUAUUGAUAGUUUUCAUUCUUGGUUUGGGUUUUCUUCGAAGGCCAGUUGCCAUUGUGGCUGCUAUUUUGACAACUCUUAGCAUUGCAUUCUUGAAUGACAGUUUUGCAGGUACUUUUAGUGAGAAGGUAACAAGAACAGUGAGGCAAUUUUCUCCACAUUUAGCUGCAAAAAUGAGGCCUCCCCUUACGCCUGUUAUUCGGGGGCGUCCAUCAGCUAAAAGAGCAGUUUACGUCUGUGGUCGUCCUCGUGGGGUGUUUGUCUUGAUAUUCUCUUCUGUGAGUUUCAUCCUUUGGUAUGUAUCCUGUGGUCUCUUGACUGUCCUCUGGGCCCUUGCCAUUGGACUUCUCGCCACUAUCCUUCAUGCCAGCUUUAGGACACCAAACUUGAAGGCCCGUCUUAACACAUUCCGCGAGGAAUUUCGUGCAGUUUGGCGCAAUUAUAGUGAGCUGUAGCUCACAGCGUUUCUUGGAUGUGAGCAAUUCUAAUUCCGGAAGCCUGCUUGAUGCAUUGAUGUUCUUAACCUGGAGUAUUCUUAUAUUUCAUUAUGGAUUACCAAGUGUUCUGAUUAUCUAAUCAUCAUUUAUCAGUUUAGUUUCAUAUCUCACUGUUGAUUGCAAAGCCAAUUUUUUAUAAAGGAAGCUUGAGUGGGAUAAAAUGUAGGGAGUUUCUCUCCAACCUAGAAAUAGACUGAAGAAUGCAGAGGCCAUAUAUUCAGUUUUUGAGUUUGCACUACAUAUUCACAAGAUGCUUCAAGCAUUGAAUUGAAGAGAAGAUUUAAUUGACUUGUCUUUUGCUGUCCCAGGAGAUUGUUACCCAUAUUCUGGCACAUGAUUGGGUUUGCACUGGUUGGGUUGUGAAGAGUUUCAUUAGUAGAAUUCUGAAUUUGGCAAGAGCUUUACUUUCUUCAAUGCUGUCAUUUUAAUGUUGGUUGGGCUUAACAGAUUCUGUUGCUGCAAAUGGUAGUUCCGGCUAGAUCGAGGUGAGUGCUGCUGUUCCUUUUAGGUAAAGCAACUUGGUGUAAAUUGUCAGGACCUCUUGUCUCUGUAAAUCAAACUUUAUCUUUGUAGUUCCAUAUAUUUUGGAGAAUCGGAGGAUUGUUUAUAUUCACAAUAUAACACCCUUCUUAAC